AUGUCAGAAACUUCUUUUGGUGUGGUGUCAUUUACAAUCAUAUUAAUUUUGUUCAUUUAUGCUAUUGCAGGAUCAUAUUUUGAGCACAAACAUGUACGAUGAAUUAAUUAAUAGGAGAUUCACUUUAUACAUGAGACAGGAUUGGGCAUUAUUUUAGGGGUUGUGGCUGGAGGGUUGUUUACAUUGAUUUACAGAGGAACAUUGUAUUAUAUCGUAAAGACAAUUAAUAACAUAGUACAAUUUUAAUGAAUCCUUCUUUUUCUACAUUUUGUUACCAAUAAUCAUAUUUGCAGGAGGAUACAAUUUAAAUAAAAGAAGGUAUAUUAGUCUAUACAAAUUAGAUUCUUUCAAAAUUUUUUAUAUAUUAAUUUAUUUGGAUUGUUGGGUACAUUAUUGACUUUCCUACUGAUAGUAUGCUUCACAUUUUUGAUUAGUGAUGGAGGUUUGAAUUAAUUUUUGAUUCUAUAUAGAUUUGAUUCAAAUUUGGGGAAGUGAUACUACAAUUAAAUUGAAAACAGAAUAAAUAAUGAUAUUUGCAGCUACAAUCUGUGCUACUGAUUCCGUGGCAGCACUGACAAUGAUCAAGCCGAAUAAAUAUCCAAAACUAUUUAGUGUAGUGUUCGGAGAGGGCAUGGUCAAUGAUGCUGUGUCUAUCAUUCUAUAUAUUUCUGUAGAUUUGUUAUCUGGUAAACACGAUACGAUCUUUACAGUUUCUUUGGAGUUUUGCAUCCUGUUCAUAUUGGAAUUCUUUUGCAGUCUUGUAGUCGGAUUACUCUUUGGAGUACUGGCCUCCAUACUCUUCAAAUAUCUCAGAUUCAUUACCGAAUCUGUAAUUUUAGAAAUGGCAAUCAUAAUAUACAUAGCCUAUGGUAGUUUCACAAUGUGCGAACUAUUGGGACUGAGUGGAGUGCUAUCAGUGUUAGCAACUGGAGCUCUAAUGGCUUAUUACAACAUUUAUAAUUUGUCUAGUUUGGGUUAGGUUGCAUCAAAGUAAAUUGAUAUAUUAUAAUUAUAGAAUAACAGUCUCAACACUCUCCUUAAUAUGCGAGGCAUUCAUAUACAUAUAUUUGGGGUUGUCAAUGUGGAUAUUGUCAGGAUAUCACAUUUCAGACGAUAAGAUUGAAAAGCCAAAAUGCAGUUGGACAUUUCUGGUGCUAGAAUUAUUGAUCUGCUUUUUCUCAAGAGGAGUAUCCAUGGCUGCGUUAUCAGGGAUAGCCUACUUGAUUAAGGGGAAGGAGAAAUUCAAACUAUCUCUCUAAGAAUUGAAUAUCAUAUGGUUUGCUGGAUUGAUUCGAGGUUCGGUUGCAUAUGCCCUAAUUACAAAGUUAUAGAUCUCUAAUCCUGAUGAUCUAAAUGAAAGAUAAUAAGUGGAAGUCAUAAAAACAACUGUCUUAUUUAUGGUUAUCAUUACUACGAUAAUACUUGGAGCAAUGAUGCCCUUCUAUAUUAAUUUAAACCUCAAAAGGAAAGUAGAGGAUGUCAAUAUUAGGUUGCUAUAAAGCAGCGAAAUGGAAAGCGGGUAUCGAAGAUAAAUUUAAAAUAAUUUUAAAUAUCUUGAUGAUCAUUACUUUAAAUAUUGGAUGAUUUUUAAUUACUAAAAUAGAAAAUCAGAAAUUCUCAAAUAACAACAAGAAAAACAGUAAGAUGAAGACAACCACAGUAAGGUUGGUCUAAUUUCUUAAUUCUAAUCCAAGUUUACUGGAAAUUAGAACAUUGUAUUCUACGUUGAAGCAAAUAAAAGUAUCCCUGCACAUACAGAAUCGUUGAUCGAAGGAAUAGAUGAUUUAGAAGAGAAGGAUCAAUCAGAUUAACCAAAUUUGAUGACUCACAUAUCCUAAAAUUACAAUGAUCUAUGA